CAGCAUCGAGUCAAAGUCUUCAGAAACAUUGGGACAUGGCUGACAGAGACCAUGACGGAGCAGAGAGAGACGCAGAGGACACAGACGAGCUUCUUUACACAGAUCUCAAUGACAACAGUAGUGGGUCUGGACUGGACUGUCCUCUUCUCAAGUUAGACCACUGUGACCUCCUCCUAGAUGCUCUUGAUGCUCAGCUUGGUCAGCUGCAGGUCAAGCCCCAAAAGCAUCAGGAGAUUUCCAGAGAACAUGAUUGCAAUAAUGCAGCUCCUCUCAGGUGGAGUCAAUCUCUGAGCAAAGACACUGGGUUUGGCAGUACAACUCAAACAAAUGACACUCCUGUUUCUUGUCUUGAUUUGAUACACACACCGAUGAUGGAGCAAACAUCAGAGAAGAGCACAUUAAGCGGAGAAGGUCCAGUCCCUUCGUCAAGAGACAAAGAGGAAAUAGAGUCUCAGAGGGAACAGGUCAUGUGGAGGCUUGAGAGGCUGCUUGGUGACGCUUGUAACGAAGGACGGACGCCAGGAGAAAGCCACCCUUCUUCAGACAGCGUCUGUACUGAAGACUUUGUAAGACGCUUCAGAGAUGAGAUGGUUGAAUUGGCAUUGCCAGCAAGUAACAUGCAGCAACUAAGCAAAGACGAAGAGGCUGGGAGGAUGGAUAUAUCUGACUGUGACACUUGCCAGAGUGAACAAAAAGGACACAUUAUUCUAAAUGUUGACAGAAGAGGAACAGCAUUGACUUGGGAAAGCAAUAAAGACACAGAGACUGCUCAUUGCUGUCAAAAAAAGGAGCUGGAGAAAUAUCUUUAUGAUAGCUGUGGAGAAAAUACAUCAUGCAGUGAGAAAGCAGGAGCUGGAGAGAAACACAACACACCACUGGGGCUUUGUGAUAGUAGUAUUUCUUGCAGAAUAAAGGUUGUAACAGAACAUGAAACCCUAAGGCACAACAACAGCCGUUCUCCCAAGGCCAGGUGCUUGGCAGGAGUACCUGUGCAUAGUUUUGACACUGUAUCCAUUGACAGUGACCUUGACUCAGUCUGCACAGAGCAAAUUAGGCAGCACAUUCACAAACGACCAGGAUGGCGCUCGCUCAUUGAGUCAGUCACAGGGAUGGAGCACUACUGUACCAACCACAGUGAAUAUGACACAUCCACACAGGAAGAAAGUGAACCUAGAUCUACAUCAGGCCAGAGAAAUGAGCAAAACAGAAGUCCUGUCCGGAAAGCACAGCGCAAUAAGAGAGAAACAUACAGACUUGCGUGUUCUUUGGGUGAUAAUGACAAGGACACAGAUGAGGAAAUAAGUCACUGCAGCAGGAGGUGCAGGCCCGAGAGGACAUCAGAGAAGAUGCAAUCUGACUGGGUCAAGAUGAAAGAGCGGCUUUCUACACUCCGACAGAAAUGUGAGAAAGAAGAGCAGACACUACAGAAGAAGAAGACUCAGUUAAAAGAUGUUGAGCUCUCCCUCUCUGAACUUCAGCAGAGGAGAAAGCAUGCCGUGCAGGAAUUAGAGCAACUGACUGAGGAGACAGCAAAGAUGGAAAAGGAGAAGAGGACUCUGGAGUUUGUUCUGACAAACAGCAGACCAGGGAAGGACUGCAAAAGUUACCAGAUGAAUAAGCUGCAGAGGCAGAGAGACUCCUGUAUCCUUGGGGACAUGGAAGAAGAUCUGAGUCCGUGUAAACAGAAUUUAAAGGAUGGAGCCUUAAUGGAGAGGCCCAGUGUCGUCAUGUCAGUGCUGGAGAAGGAGGAGAUGGAAAGACAGCUGGAUAACACCAAAACAGAACUGUUUGCUGAACAGCGACGUGCAAGAGAGAAGCUCGAAUCCAUGCAAGAAAAGUUGGAGGAGACUCAUGAGCAGCUCCAGAGAGUCACAGAGGCAGAAAGCUCACUGAGGAACAGGUGUGCUCAUCUGGAGGAGAAACAGAGACAGAAAAAUGAUCAGAUCAAGGCAGUAGAUUUUAAAGUAGGUGAGCUGCAGGGUGAGCUGGGAGAAUGUACGAUCAGAGUGAGCACUCAGGAGAAGAUGUUGGCCCAGAAGGAGUUGCAGCUGCUCGAUUUACAGGAGCAACGUGAGGCCCUACAAGCAGAAAGAGACGGACUGAAGGGGGAGCUGCAGCACCUGAAAACCCAGCACUGCAAUGCACUGAAAGAAACACAAGAGCAAACCCAUACAAUGAUGGAGGCAGCAUUGAAGCAGCAAAAGAAAGAAAUGGCUUUAGCUCAUGAGCAGCAAAUCCAAAAGCAGACUGAAGAGGAGAAAGCAAACGCUUUGAAAGAACAAGCUCGGUCUCUCACACGACACUUUGAGUCCUUGAAAAGUUCCAUUCAGCUAAAAGAAGAAGAAGCAAAGAAGCUGAGGGAUUCUCUGGAGCAGCAGAAAAAGGAGGCAAAGAACCGUGAAGAGGAGCUGCAUGUAGAAACUUUGGAAAAGGUGCACAAAGCGAUCAAGGAGGAGAGGAGGAAGUGGGAGGCAGAAAAGAUGGAAGCAGUGCAGCUGCACUGUGGGAAACUGGAGGAGCAGCUGCAGGGCAAGAAGAGUAAAGCACUGGCUCUUCAACAGAAAGUGGUAGAACUAAAAACUAGAGUGCAGGAGUUGGAGAGUGAAAGCUGUGUGCAGCAGAGAGAGCAGGAGUCGUUGCUGGCUGUCAUUUGCAAAUCCCUGAAGGAGGACCACCAGGCUGAGCUGCAGAAGAUGCAGAGACAGAUGGCCCAGGACAGUCAGAGGGCAGUGCUGAGGCUUGAGCAGGCUGUUCAGCUUGCAGAGAAAGAGGCUGACAAGCUCCGGGUGAUGCUUAGAGAAAGCGAGAGGAGCCAUAACCAAAUCACAGCUGAGCUGGAACAGCAGCUCAGGCUCUGGGCCCAGGAGCUGGGAGCAGAGUGCCAGCAUCUUCAUCUCUUCGUGGAGCAGAGCGGGGCCAAACAAAGUUCUGCGCACCUACCUCCAAGUCCUACAGCAGCUGAGGCUCUGAAAAACCUGCGGACACUCAGAGAGCAGUUGAAGGACUUGAUUAACCAUCUACAGGAGGAGCUUGAUUCACAGAAACAAGUCACUGAAAAGCUGAGAAAAGACAAGGAGCGAGAAUUGAGCAUCCAGAGACAACAGCUGAGGAUGGACAGAGACCAGGCCUUGGAUUCUCUAAAGGAGCGUCUCAUUCAGGAGCACAUUGAGGAGUUAAGCAGUCUGAACUGGCUUCAUAUGUGUGAUGGAGGAGCUGACGGAGGAGGAGCAGCAGUAUCUCUUCGCAAACAGCUGAAGGCCAAAGACUUAGAGCUCAGGCAGGUUCAGAGGAGCAUGGCUCAGUGGAAGGAACAGACUGCAGCUCGUCUGGCGUGCAAGUUUGAAGAAGAGUUGACCGCUGAACUGGAAAGGUGCAAGACAAAGUUGUUAAGGGGCAGAAAACCAACAAAGACUCUAGAAGAGAGGCAGAGAAAGUCUGUGACGUCUGAAGGAGAGGUAGCCCACAUUGCAAAGGAAACUCAGAAUUCAGUUAGCUCUCCCUCCCACCACUUUGUGGACUCUGCUGCCUUCCACAGCCCCUCAGACGUGGCUUCAUUUAAGCUUCUACGUUACCUGCAAAGCAGAGUCAAGCAGCUGCGUGUAGAAAACCAGGCCUACAUCUGCAGCCCCUCGCCUUCAAAUACAGUCCCUACAGAUCUGUCAGGAUCCUAUCUUACAACAAUCGCUCAAGAUCAAGGCGUGGCUGGGAUUCAGAGUCACUCAUCAAUCAGGACAGUCUCAAGUUAAAGCCAUGAAACUUUACUCUGUGUUACACAAACCACUUAUAUGCUGUAAUGUCAUGCAUUUCAAGCUGUUGUUGAGGCCACAGGAAUAAAUCAUUUACUGUCACAUGUGCUUAAGACUGCAGAUUGACAAUCAGGUCACGGUGACAAAUGAUGAGACUGAAGAUUAAGUUCACAUUCCUUUGCGUUAACGUAGUCAAGUUUUACGACUUAAGGUUACAAUGAACUCAGAAUGUUGAACUGACAUUUCACUGGAGAUCAUGUGAGUUAUGUCAGAGAACCUCAUAAAGCUGAGAGGUCUUUGUAUAACCAUAAAUGUUACAAACCGCAUUGUUCAAUAAAAACAUGCUGAUGGAAAGUUCAAACUAAA